CUGAUCGGAGCAGUCAUGUGGCAGUUGGCUAAUGAGGUGACGCCCUGCACGGGCAGCACAUUGUCAGGUGGAAGAGGAGACCCACACAGGCCGAGGGAGAGCUUUACGGGCUUUUCUGUCCUACCAGCCAUGGAUAGGAAGCAGAAGCAAGCAGAGAAGGCCAGGCCCUGCGGCCUGCUGAAGCAGACAGCUCUGAACAAGAUCCCGGGCAGAUUCCAGCUGCACCAGGAGGCACUGCCCCACCUGCCCGUGCCACCGCUGCAGCAGACCCUGGACCGGUACCUGCUGGCCCUGCAGCCCAUCGUCAGCCCCGAGGAGCUGAGCCACACGCAGGAGCUGGUGGCUGAGUUCCGCAAGCCGGGAGGCGUCGGGGAGAGGCUGCAGAAAGGCCUGGAGAGAAGAGCCAAGAAAACAGAGAACUGGCUCUCAGACUGGUGGCUGAAGACAGCUUACCUGGAAUAUCGUCUGCCAGUUGUGGUCCACUCCAGCCCAGGUGUGAUUUUACCUAAGCAGGAUUUUCUGGAUCGACAAGGGCAGCUCAGGUUUGCUGCCAAGCUGAUCGAGGGUAUCCUGGAUUUCAAGAGCAUGAUUGACAAUGAGACCCUUCCAGUGGAGUACAUGGGUGGGAAGCCCCUCUGUAUGAACCAGUACUACCAGAUCCUCUCAUCCUGCCGCAUUCCCGGGCCCAAGCGGGAUUCCAUUGUCAACUACGCCAAGGGCAAAAAGCAGUCCAGACACAUCACAGUCGUCCACAACUUCCAGUUCUUUGAGCUGGAUGUUUACAACAGUGAUGGAUCUCCCCUUACUGCUGACCAGCUCUUCAUUCAGCUGGAGAAGAUUUGGAACACCUCCCUCCAAACAAACAAAGAACCUAUUGGGAUCCUCACCACCAACCACCGAAACAGCUGGGCAAAAGCCUACAACAACCUCCUGAAAGACAAGACCAACAAGGAAUCAGUGCGUGCCAUUGAGAGGAGCAUCUGCACCGUGUGCCUGGACGCGCCCAUGCCCCGGGUGUCCGAGGACAUCUACAAGAGCCGCGUGGCCGCGCAGAUGCUGCACGGCGGCGGCAGCCGCUUCAACAGCGGCAACCGCUGGUUCGACAAAACCCUGCAGUUCAUCAUUGCUGAAGAUGGCUCCUGUGGUCUGGUAUAUGAGCAUGCACCCUCUGAAGGCCCACCCAUCAUUGCUCUUCUGGAUCACAUUGUGGAGUUCACGAAGAAACCCGAGGUGGGCAAAUCGCCCACGGUUCCUCUGCCAAUGCCCAAAAAGCUGCGGUUUAACAUCACCCCAGAAAUCAAGAAUGACAUAGAGAUGGCAAAGCAAAACCUCAACAUAAUGGUCGAAGAUCUGGAUAUCAAAGUCAUGGUCUUUCAUCAAUUUGGGAAAGGUUUCCCCAAGUCAGAGAAGAUAAGCCCUGAUGCUUUUAUCCAGCUGGCCUUGCAGCUGGCAUACUACAGGAUGUACGGCCACGCCUGUGCCACGUACGAGAGCGCGUCGCUGAGGAUGUUCCGCCUGGGCCGCACCGACACCAUCCGCUCCGCCUCCGUGGCCUCCCUCAAGUUUGUGCAAUCCAUGGACAGCCCUGACAAAUCGGACCAGGAGAAAGCAGACCUGCUGAGGAGAGCUACACAGGCCCACAGGGAAUACACAGACAUGGCCAUUCGGGGCAAUGCAAUAGACCGGCACCUCCUGGGGCUGAAGCUCCAGGCAAUCGAGGACCUGGUGAGCAUUCCUGAGCUCUUCAUGGACACAGCCUAUGCUGUUGCAAUGCACUUCAAUCUCUCAACCAGCCAGGUCCCAGCCAAGACAGAUUGUGUGAUGUGUUUUGGUCCCGUGGUUCCAGAUGGCUAUGGAGUCUGUUACAACCCUAUGGAAGAACACAUCAACUUUGCAAUUUCAGCCUUCAAUAGCUGUGCUGACACAAACGCAGCCCGCAUGGCACAUUAUCUGGAGAAAGCACUGCUAGACAUGAGGAUCUUGCUCCAGGCUGCUCCCAAAUCCAAACUGUAAGAGGGAAACCCCCCAGUUAAACGGGCUAUCCCUGAUGCACUGAAGCUCCCAGUUCCUCAGAAAACAAUUCAGAGAACAGCUUGCCCUGGAACCUAUGAAGAUCUCUACCAUUUGUUUUCAGCAAGAUGUUACAGAGGGGCCACCUGCAGAUACCAGAUUCUGUAGUGAGAGGAAACACUGUCUCAAACCAAAGUAGGACAAGGCUUCUCCCAUCAAUGCAAAAUGCACCUUCCUGUCCUCAAAGAGGACUCAAAUAUGAUUUUUAUGAAAAAUACUGCCAGGAAAUACAGAAAGCAGUCCUUACCAGUACCUAAAUCCAUUUGGUGAGGAAGGUAGUUCUUGUCCAUGAAAAGCAGGGAAUGCUUCUUGUAUGAUAAAACUACUGUAAGACCAAGUCUUUUUCCUGGUUUCAUCUUCUGAAGAGCAUCUUCCAAUCCUGACUGAAGAUUUUUCUACUGCUCCAGCAAAACUUCAUCAUCCAACUUCAGCAAGGGGAGAAGGAAGUUAAGCCAGAGCAGAUCCAUUAAGAGAACACUGCACUACUUAUCCCAGACACUCCAACCAGUACAGGCUUUAUAGGAAUAUUCCUUCCCCUUGUUCAGGACACUGGGAUCUCCUCUUACACUGUCCCUCUUAACAACAGAACAUUACUUGAUAGAAACUGAGGUGAUCUUUUACUGUUUCAGGUUAUUUUUGUUGUUGUUGUUCUUGUUCUGGGCUUUUUAUUAAGCUUCCUUAAUGGUCCUACCAUUGAUCUUCCAGCUCAGCCUAAAGCUUUUUCCCCAUAAAGCUUCUACAAAACUCUCCUCAUGUAAGUUUUUCCAGCUUUGGCUUUAUGUACCUUCACAGCUGCAGAGAUGAGAAGGGAUUUCCUAUCCAUUUAGCAGGACCCUUGCUCUAUUGUACCUUUCUUUGGAGCUGAAGAAGAAAAAAAGAUGCUGACUGUGUUUACUAACAAGCCACAUGCCUGAUGUCCUUCAGGCACACACAUUAACCCAAUGUGGUUUUACACCUUGCUUUCAAAAAUAACAUUUUUGUGCACAGUAUUAUGCCUGAGCUAUGGACAAAUAAGCAUGUUUCUCAUCCAGAACUCCAGAACAUACUUCCAUUCCUGGCCCACAGAGUUGAAAUCUGUUGAAGGCCAAAGGAAAAACAGCUGCAGAAACCCUUUUUUCACAUCACUCUGCUGUAACAAGGCAGAAAUUCUUGAAAAACAGGAAGAAAGUGGGGUACACAUGGACCUGCAGGUUUUUUCUGCACUGUGGCAGCCCCUGUUCCUGCAGUAAACAGCACAGCACCUUUUCUGCCACUCUGGGGAGUUAUUUCUUACUGAAAUAUUACUCCAAUUGGUGCCAGCUUUAUUCUGUGAGAGAAUGAUCUCAUAUGAUAUUGUUUUUAUGUUCAGUUGACAAACUUGAGACAGUAGUUUAUAUAUAAACAUUAACAUACAAUGGUAGCAUAGGAACUACUUCCAACCAAUCUGUCAGAACCCAAGCUCCUGACUAUGCUUUUAUUUAGUGAAACCAUAUGAUAAUAAAGAAUUCUAGUGCUAUUUCUGCAGUAGGAAUUCUGUAUUUCACUUGCACACCCUUCAAGAUAUGUCUGUUGGGAUGUCACCAUAAACAAGCAUUAGGAGUGUGAUGCCCUGUUUUGUUAACAGGGUAAUAAUUGCAAAGGACAUGAUCAAAGUGCCUUGAUGAGCAUGUAUGAAGAAAUUUGCACUAAAGCUUUUCAUAGUAAAAGAAGAAAAAAUAAUUCUAAUUUGCUUCUGAAAAGAUACAAGCCAAUGCUUUGGCAUUUUUUUCCUGAAAGGAUGUUAUUUCAAACAUCCUUUUAUCUUAUACCUAAUAACAAAUCUUAAAAGAGGUAAAUUUAAUUGAAACUCACCUGCACAGCCAGUGAUUGUACUGAACUUGAUUGAACUGCCACUUUCACAUCAUCAACAUGGAUUUAGUUGAUCUUUUAGAAAAUCCUGAAUGGAGUGAGACAGCCUAAAAACAUGAAUAGGAGCACUACAGACCUGCAAGCAGAAACCCCUGCUCUGGUGACUCCUCAGUAUCAAACAAACUGAAAACUGCAAGAGGAUACUCAGUAUUAUCAAACUCUAAGUAAUUGUGUAAAUACUACUGACAAGAACAAACCUACUGGAAUAACAUCUGGAUUUAUGGAGCUUUUUACAUGGAAAAAAAUAUUCCUUUUGCCCAAGUAAUCCUCCCCCCAUACUGAUCAGCCUCUGUUGCCAGGGGAUGAAUUAUUUUUCCAUGUCUGCAAUGCCUUCAAGCACAAGUUGUGCCACUGAAGUAUUUGAGACUGGCCCUUUUCCACUUCUGUCUCAAAGGGGAAGGCUCUCAAAGCAAAGUGCCUAUUAAAGACUAAGCAUAAGCAUGUGCUGCUGAAGACAGUACCUCAGAAGAUGGGAUUGAUCUAUUCUGGAUCUAAAUCUGGAUAUCCCACUAGCUUCAGCUGUGGGAUACUGUACUAGAAUACAGCUGCAGGGAGCAGACAAAGAGACACAAGAUUCCUAAACCACCUAAGGCGUCCUUACUGAUACAGAGCUCGAAUUCAGAUGAACGAGGCUGAUUUUUAAAGUGCUUGAAAGGACACUAAAAUCAUUACAAGGUUUUUUCUUUAAAAAGUCUUUUCUUAUGGUACAAGUUCUAAAAUGUGAUGUCCUUCUGGUUCAUAUCUUCUAGAUUUUUUCAGUGUUGAUUUACUGAAUACUGUUCUCCCUGUUUCUGAUUGUUUUAUCAAGAUAUGUCCAUUGUCUUAAAGGCACAUUAAGUAGAAGUAGGCACAGUAAGAAGAAACUAAAGCUCCAGAAAAACAACUGAUUUGGAACAAAUUAUUUCAGAAAUUCAUAGACUGAAAUACUCAGAUAACUCUUGGGCUAUGAGUGCAAUUUUUGACACAGCCUGGUAGCGUUGCAUGUUUUGCUGGUUAGCUGUGUUAAAUGUUCUUGGGUAGUGGGAUCCAUGUCAUGCAAAGUUUGAAAAUGUUUGUUGAAUAAACUGGGACACAAUAAAUAGAUAAAUGCUACAAAAAGACUUAAAUCUCCUUAAAUGCUGCAGAAGUUACAUAACUGCCCUUAAUGGGACAGUGUUGUGUGGGGAUAGCAAGAACAGUGAACCACAGCAUUCUGUCACCUUCCUUUUAUUGUCAUAGCUCCAUCCAGCCCCCUUGAGUACAGGGGAGGAAAAGAAAGCAUCUGCUUGCAAAGCCACAUAUUCCAAAUAAAAUAUUCAAUUUCAGAAAACUAGUGGCAGGAGACUGCAUACAAGUGUAGGGUAAUAAGGCAGAGCUCAGAUCUUUUUCCUGCACAGCACCAUUUAGUUAAUAAAAUCCAUGGAAUCACUAAGGAAUUUCUACUGUUUAUCAAGUAUUGCAAAAAUUUCUGAAAAGGUACAGCAAAAGUAGGCAGAAGAUGCAGAUUACAAACAACUCACAGAGAACAGAGGAGAGUUUAUUACAGUGUCUUACAAGAACUCUUCUUCCUCUCCCUCACUCCUAAGAAUAACUAUAGGAAGCUUGGGUUUGAAGGCAACUUGAAGUGGAACAGCUUUUUACACUGCACUGCUGUCCAUGAGGAGAUGAACCCUCUUCUCUAUGCUCAAUAGGUGUUUCCAUAUUUAUUUUUUCCAGCAGUCUGUCAUAACAGCUCAAGAGGCUUGAGAAAGUGCUAAGCCACUCCUGAAACAAUCCACUCCUUCAGCAGCCUUGGGGAAGAGAGGUGUGAUCUCUGUUCUGGCUUUGUAAGUUCACUUACAAGAGAUAUAAAGAGAAAAUGAAUGGUUUUUGCAAGACAUAAGUACCAGUUUUCCAACUGAAACAUAUGGCACCACCAUGUCAUUGGACCUAUGUGAUGUCCUGUCUCAUCCCCACAGAGCUGGUCUAAGGCAGAUGAAAUGUCCUUGUGAAAGCUGCAAGAUGCCUCUUUAUUAUGAUGCACCUUCAAAGCAGAUCCAGUGCUCCUUCAGAUGUUACAGGAUUGCUUAUGUUAUGCAAGUACUAAACAGUUUUUAAAAAAAUGUAUGUAUAUACUUGCUGUACCAACUGAAAACAGUUAAUUUACCACCCAUAGCUAUUUAAACACAGAAAUUUAAACAGCCUUCAUUCCUGAUCUCCUGGAUCAGGAUCACUUUCUGCAGUGGUGUCCAACAGCAGCUCCCACUCCACACAAACACACAAACUCCUAUAGCAACAGGCACAGAUGAAAACUUAAAAAAAUAACCAGGAUGAACAGGAAAAAAAAUAAAUCUCACUUCAAGCAGCUUUAUAAUGCAGGAGGAGUCUGAUUAAAGUGGAAAUAGUAAAACAGGCAGCAAGACUGAGAUGUGACAGUCAUUUUACCUCUGCUCAUGACUGCAUCGAAGGCACACCGAUGACCUUUGAGCCAGUUCAGAAGCUGUCCUUUAUCUGUGAAAGUUCAAGUCAAUUGUGCUUUGAAUAAAUACUUCUCUGUAGUUAUGCUUGAACUGCUGCAUUAUAUAUUAGAAAUACAGAAAGUGUCCAUGCACAGCCCUGAAGCACUUUGAGUAUAGCCCUUGCCAGGUCAACUCAUGGGUCACAGAGGUCGUAGGCAUCACCAGCACACAGAGAUGGCAGGCACACUCCCACAGAGACACAGCACCCAGAGCGCCACUGCCGCACGGGGAAUCCCAAUGGAAGAAGGAUGGAAAGCAAAACUUGCCUGUAGGAGUUCAGCAUUCAAGGUUGCAGCUGCAGAACCCCGACCAAGCUACUGUGACAACGGGCAGGAGCCUCUGCUAGGACAAGUUCCCUACUUGGAGUUCAUGGAUGGAGUCUUACAGGACUCUUCAAAGAAUAAUUCCAAGAGCAGCUGAGCUAGUUAGUCAUUUGCCUUGUUGUUCAUUUGUAGUUGUCAUUGUGUUCGUUUUUAAAAAUCCCUCCCUUAAGCUUUUAACAGAAAAAAAAA